AUGAAUUCAUCGAUAAUAUUCCCAUAUGAUGUUGAUGAAGGUAAAAUAUCAUCGUCUAAUCCUUCUAAUUAUUAUGAACAGAAUGAUUCUUUUAAUAAUUUUGAAAACAAUAUUGGAAAUUCAUUAAUAUUAAAGAGUCUCAAUGAGCUUAAUCAUCGAAUAAACAAUAUUUCAAUUAAUGAAUUAACAUUUCUUAAAAAUGUCGAAGAAUGGCGUCGCCAAUCUCAUCAAAUAAUUGAUCAAUUUUGUAAAGACAUAUCUAAUAAAUAUAUUAAUCGAACCAAAGAAGAAUUCAAUCAUCUUCGAAAUCUAACAGCUUUAAUGAUUAAUAAUUAUGAUACAACUAAAAAUAAUCUUGAUUGGAUUAAACAAACAAUUAAACUAAUUGAACAAAAUCUAGAUCAACUUAAAUAUAUUCAAUAUCAAUUUCAUACAUUAGAAAUCGAUAAAUCGAUUAUUUCUCUUCCAUCUCCAAUGAAAGAUAUUCAAACUCCUUCAUUUUCACAAUCUAAUCAUUUAUCUUUAAAAAAAGGAAACUGA